ACUGAGUCACAUGUUCGCCCUUAGUACGAAGAUUCUGGAAGAACCGGGAGCUCAAGUCUGACUCGACUUCUGAGGAUUGAAAUUACUGUCUUUAUACAGGUUAUCAUUCCAAAGCAAACAUGGUCAAGGAAACGGGCUUCUAUGACAUAUUGGGUGUGAAGCCUAAUGCCACUCCUGAUGAACUGAAAAGGGCCUAUCGCAAACUAGCCUUGAAAUAUCACCCUGACAAAAAUCCUACAGAAGGAGAGAAGUUCAAGCAGAUCUCACAGGCAUACGAGGUGCUGUCAGAUGCCCAGAAGAGAGAGCUGUAUGACCGUGGAGGUGAAAAAGCUAUAAAGGAAGGAGGAACUGGUGGUGGUGGUGGUGGGAGCUUUGCGUCACCCAUGGACAUCUUUGACUUGUUUUUCGGAGGAGGUAGUCGGAUGCACAGAGAGAGAAGAGGGAAGAAUAUUGUUCAUCAGAUUUCAGUGACACUGGACGAUCUUUAUAAUGGAGCCACAAGAAAACUUUCUGUCCAGAAGAAUACAAUUUGUGAGAGAUGUGAAGGUCGUGGGAGUCGGAAAGGAGCUGCACAGAUGUGCAUGUCUUGCCAUGGCACCGGCAUGCAGGUUCACGUGCGCCAACUAGCGCCGGGUAUGGUCCAGCAAGUGUCCACAGUGUGCCACAGCUGUCAGGGCCAAGGACAGAGAAUCAGCCAGAAGGACCGCUGCAAAGCAUGUGGAGGCCGGAAGAUCCUGCGACAGAAGAAGAUCUUGGAGGUCCACAUUGAUAAGGGAAUGAGAGAUGGUCAGAAGAUAGUUUUCCAUGGAGAGGGAGAUCAGGAGCCAGGACUUGAACCAGGUGACAUCAUCAUUGUCCUGGACCAGCGAGAACAUCCACUUUUCACCAGGAGAGGAGAGGACCUGGUCAUGUCGAUGGAGUUGCAGCUGGUUGAAGCUUUGUGUGGUUUCCAGAAGCCCGUUCAGACACUGGAUAACAGAACUCUCCUCGUCACUUCGCAUCCAGGGGAACUGAUCAAGCCUGGAGACACAAAGUGCGUCUUGAAUGAAGGGAUGCCCAUGCAUCGUAGACCAUUUGAGAAAGGACGCCUGAUCAUUCAGUUCUCUGUGGUGUUCCCACAAGCCAACUUCCUCCCAAAGCACAAGCUUAAGGAGCUGGAGCGCUACCUCCCAGAGAAGAUGGAUGCAGAGCAGCCAGAGAGUAUGGACGACGACCUCUACAUCUACGCCGACCUGGAGGACUGUGACCUUGACAACAGAAAAAGACACCACCAUCACCACCACUACUACAUGGAUGAAGAUGACUACGCCAGCACUGGAGGCGUUCAGUGCCAGACGUCUUAAAUCACAGCUGGUCUGUUCUUAUUCCAUAAGUCCAAACCCUCAUCUUUUAAAACAAAGCACCUUUUUUUGGAAAUUUGCGCACUUUUUAUUUUAUUACUUUUCUUAAAAUCGUUACUGUUUACUUGUUGAAGUUUUCUUUCAAGCUGAAUUGUAAAACUGUGUCCCAACGCCCUCCUGAUUGUUUUUAGCACCAUGUAAUAAUCUUUGGAUGGAGUAGAGUAUCUUAAAGUUCCAGGAGUAAACUUGGAUCCAGGUGAGUGGGACUCCUCGUCAUCUCUGGGACCUAUUUAUUUUCUUUUCUUUUUCUUUUUUUUCUUCCAAUCACACUGUGAUUAAAGACGAGGGCUGGUGUCACAGAAGCAUCAGAAGAAAGACAAACUUCUUUGUCUAAACAAGGACUCCCUGCUUUUUACGCAGUUACACUAAAACUGAUGCCAAUAUUAAUAUUAAAAUAACCUUUUUUUAUAGUGUUACUAAAUCAACAGUUGUUGUAAAUCACUUGUUAAUGACUUGUUGAAUCCAUAAUGUGUGAACACCCAAUCUUCAGAUGGUGGUGGAGAUGUGCAUUGAGACUUGAGUUAAAACAUUUAUGCUGUUUUACCCUUUCAAGGGCUAUUUUCUAAACAAUCUUGAAAAUGUGACAAGAAGGUGUGAGUUGUGAGUGAAGGUAAUAGUGAUUCAGGCAGGUAGGACUAUUUAGGUUCAAGCCACAAAAUUGUAAAGUAAUUGUUCAAACUAAUUUUUUUUAAAGUUUGAUUUUAAAUAUUUGAGUUUAGUUUUAACAUUUUAACUUCUGAGCUGCCAUCAGUUUUCUGUGGUGAUGUCAAAUAAUUGUUUUGGAAACCUUGUCUGGAUACAUGCAACCCAUUUUGAUAGUCAAAUACAGAAUGUCUGCAGGGUAGGUAUUAGAAACAAAUGGUCAAACAUGAGUAAGAAGCCACUCUUCUUUAAAAAAGAUUAACAGAUCAAGAAGAGGAUUAUAUGGAUAACUUAAUUGACUUUAAACUCAGAACAAAUUUGUCUGGGUUUUACUCAGCAGAAAGUUAUCCAGACAACUCGCUUCUUAUAAUAGGCCCCUGCUGCCUUGAUGGCAAAUGAUUUCCCUCUUUAUGCGAGAGAUAAAAAAAGAUUGGCUAAUGUUUGCUUUGUCACUGGUUGUUCACUUUUGGAGAUUUUAAAAACAUGAGGAAAUAUUUCCCUGGUCUAUCUAAGGACCUACAUUUGGAAUUUAAAUGACAAAUUUUAAUCAACGUAGCAAGUUAAACUUGUUGUCCCACAAGCUAUUAAGUGUGUCUUUCGUCAUGUAUCUAGCGCUAACUGUAAAUGCCAAAGGGGUCGGUGGGGGGUUGUGGAGGCACACCUGAUACCUCAUUAAAGUGUCUGCCUGUUUUGAAGCUACUUGAUGAUGCAAUUUUUUUUUCAGUUUGUUCAGUUUUUUUUUGCCUUGGAUAUUGUAAACUAUGCUCACCAGAAUGGGAGCUCCUUAACUUGUUUCACAAUUGUUGUUGAAGCAGAUGCAAGUUUAUGAGUAAUCAUGAUGUCAGGUGAAUUCAUUUCAAGGUUCAUCCUUAAAAGAUAAUAUUUGUCAAGUGUUGUCAAGCUCUUAAUUGAUGUGCGCAUCUUAGGACCAAUCAUCUACUGUUUAUGCUCACAUUUUCUAAUUAAAUAGUUUGAUGGUCUCUCUGAAA